UGGCGCGGGGCGGGGCUGGCGGCCGCGCGGCAGCGGCCCACGCGUGAGCGCCGUGGCCGGCCCUGGCGUGACGUCGCGGAGCCCCGGCGCUGCGGCCGCGCCCUGAGGGGAGAAGUUGCUAAUGCAGAACGUUCCGCGAGGGCCGGCGCCCGUCGGGGCUCAGCUCUGGGAGAGCUCGGGCGGGCGGGCGGGCGGGCGGCGUCGGGAGCAGAAACAAUUCUGCGUUCUGAGACAAGGCUAGCCCCAAGGGGUAGAGGACGAAGUCGGAAUUCUCGGGUGCGAGCGGGGCGGGGGCAGCGCCUGUGCCCCACGGAGCCCCUCCCUACGUCCCAGUCUGUCCUUUGUUAAGCAGGUAUCUGUGUACUCUGCCCCACACUCUGAGGCGGAGGAGUUCCUGGGGUUCCGGGCGUCCCCCGCGUGGGCAGGCUCAAGGGUCACCUGGCUCCUCGCCGCCUCCUGCAGCUGGCCGGCAGCGUGCAGACGAGAAAGAGCCGUCCGAGGAGACGGGAGCCCUGCGGGUCCUUCUGCUGCUUCUGAGCCCAUUGCCUGGCGGCUUACCAGAGAAACCCUGAACUGAGAGCCUGAUCGGCUGAAGACAGUUUCAACAAAGGUCAUGGCAGACCAGGAGCUGCCCUGUGUGCUGGUGUCUGGAUUCGAAGGACCAUGUGGUGUGUUCAAGGAUCACGUCGGAGACCUGCAGAAGCACUUCCGUCUCAUUACCAUGAAAGAAUUUCUGAAAAAUAAAACACAACUCAGCCAACAGAUCCAGGCAGUGUACAUCUGGGGUGGAGAGCCCGUGAUCGACCGCCAGCUGCUGCAGAGCCUGCCCUCCCUGAAGAUCAUCGCCAGUGCAGGCGUGGGCGUGGACCACCUGGACCUGCCGCUCAUCGCCAGCUUCGGGGUGAAGGUGGCCAACACACCCCAAGCCGUGUCCAGCCCCACAGCAGAUCUGGGCAUGACCCUGCUGCUGGCUGCAGCGCGUAGGCUCCUAGAAGGUUGCCAGCUGGUUCUCUCGCCAGAGACAGAGAGCUUCUCCAUCAACUGGAUGGGUCAGGGGGUGACAGGGGCCACUCUGGGGAUCGUCGGCAUGGGCAGCAUUGGCUAUAAGGUCGCGCAGAGGGCCAAAGCAUUUGAAAUGAAGAUUCUGUACCACAAUCGGAACCGCAGGCCACGGGAGGAGGAGGAAGCUGUUGGGGCCACUUACUGUGAGAAAAUGGAGGACCUGCUGCGACAGUCGGACUUCGUGAUGCUGGCCCUGCGCCUGACCCCUGAGACCCGGGGCCUGCUCGGGAGGCGGGAGCUGGCCCUGAUGAAGCCCACGGCUGUGCUUGUGAACAUCAGCAGAGGUCUGCUGGUUGAUCAGGACGCGCUGGUGGAGGCUCUUCAGACUGGGGUCAUUCACGCCGCCGCGCUGGACGUCACACACCCGGAACCCCUGCCCAGAGACCACCCUCUGCGGGGGCUGAAGAACGUCAUUCUGACGCCUCACAUGGGAAGUGCGACUCACCAAGCCCGGCGACAGAUGAUGGAAGACCUGGUUGAGAGCGUGCUGGCGGCUCUCAGCGGCCUCCCCAUUCCCAACGAAGUGGUGGGGAGAGCGACUUAGGGAGGCCUGCCGUGGAGGCCAGUCAGCUCGGCGGGGUCGUCAGCUCGGCCGGCCGCACCCUGUGCUCAGGAGCCUCCUCCAGGUCCCGACCUGCCAACGGCCCAAUUCCUAUUAAAACCUCGGCUGGCUGGGGCAUUUAGUAGUCUGUUGCCA